GGAAAUAAGCAUUUGGCGCAAACCCCGCGAAGAAUCUCGUCUAGAGAGAGUAGGAGGGAGAGCGAGAACUCCGCAUCGGUUAUGCCUAUACGGCGUGUAGGGGGAAAUCCUUUAUCUAAGGAAAGCGAAGCUGAGGGUUUGAGUAUCGUCAUCUGUGGGUCCGACUUCAAAGCCAGAAUGAGAGCCGUAUCUGGAAUUGGGAGAAAAGGGUGGAAUGGACAUGCCAAGGGAGUUUCAGAAUCCCCCCGAGGCCAUUUGGUAUUACCGUAGCUAAGUUUUAGAUCUAGCCAGCUGGUAACCAUGAGUGAAUGGAUGAAGAAAAGCCCCUUAGAAUGGGAAGACUACGUUUAUAAAGAAGUCAGAGUGAUAGCCAGUGAGAAGAAGGAGUAUCAAGGAUGGCUGUUAACUACAGACCCAGUCUCUGCCAAUAUUGUCCUGGUGAACUUCCUCGAAGAUGGCAGCUUGUCUGUGACUGGAAUUAUGGGACAUUGUGUGCAGACUGUGGAAACUUUGAGUGAAGGGGACCACAGAGUAAGGGAGAAGCUGAUGCAUUUGUUCACAUCUGGAGAUUGUAAAGGAUACAGCCCCGAGGAUCUGGAAAAGAGAAAGAAUAGCCUAAAGAAAUGGCUUGAGAAGAACCACAUCCCUGUCACCGAACAGGGAGAUGCACAAAGGACUCUGUGUGUGGCUGGGGUUCUGACUAUUGACCCACCAUAUGCUCCAGAAAAUUGCAGCAGCUCUAAUGAGAUCAUUCUGUCCCGUGUUCAGGAUCUCAUUCAAGGACAUCUUUCAGCUUCCCAGUGAGAGGCCCAACACUACAAACACACUGAUCCAAAUGACUGCUUGGUUUUGUAUUAAAUGCUUCAAAUGGAUGUUGAUCAUAUUAUAGGAGUUCAAAGCACGUGUGGGAUGUGUAUGUGUGUGCAUGUGUUAAAUUUUUGUUUAGGUCAAAUCAGAUGAGUAGAACCUGGAUGCUGAUUUCCUUGGGAAGUGAAGGUACAAGAAUAGCAUCCCUUGCACUGGAAUUAACACAGGAAAGUAACACUUGUAAUGAGCUUUUCUGUGAUGAGGAUAAACCACCCUUUUUGUAAAGCAAGAAUGCAUUUUGAAUGGAUGCAUUGUGAAUACAUUUAUAAAUUUCACUAUAAGAUAACUAAGGUAAAAAAAAAAAAAUCAGUCUCAGGUCCCUUAAACUAACCAGAUCUCCGUGUUCUUAAAAUGUUGGUCUUUGAGGUUGUUAACAACAUGGUUUUUGAAUUAAAGUAAGCUGUGGUUUGGCUGUG